AUGAAGACUGCGAAGUUCUCAAUGCUUUUUGCGGGCAUUGCUCGUGCCCACUUUGCUCCCAAAGAGCUCAUCAUUGAUGGAAACAAAUAUCCAGCACGCGAUGCCAGGUUAGAUGACUACGUUGGUGCUAUGCGUAUCGAGUGGUCUUAUACCGACAAUCAGAAUUUUACCUGGAUGGCAUUGAACGACGUGGAAUCUCAAGGAAUCGCUUGCGGCAAUAAUCCCGAAGCUCCACCACUCAAAGCGGUUGCGCGAGCAGGUGCAGAUAUUACAAUCCAAUGGACUGAAAUGGUCGAGCAUCACUGGGGACCAUCGAUGACGUACCUUGGAGCGUGGAGUCCAGGCCAGAGUCCGCAGAGUGUCGACUUCUUCAAGAUCAAUGACAAAGGCUACGAUGCAUCACAACGUCUAUGGGCAAAUGAGUUGAUUAUCAACAACGGUUUCCGAGACCAGCUCAAACUUCCCAGCGAUAUCAAACCGGGAUUGUACAUUCUCCGGACGGAGCUCCUAUCUCUCCAUGGCAAUGGGCAGACGAUGAAUCCAGGCCUGAAAGGUUUGCCGCAGUUCUAUACGCAUUGCUUCAAUGUUGAAAUCACCGGAAAUGGUAGUGUGAUCCCUCCAGGAGUACGUUUCCCGGGUGGAUAUGCGAAGAAUGAUCCAGGAGUCACAUUCGUGCUUGGGACAACGUCUCGGUACCCAUCAUACCCUGUACCCGGUCCACCUGUCUAUGAAGGCGCAUACGAUCCGCCUGUCGGUCCGAAACCAGUCGUUACCCCUGAAGAGGUCGGUACUUUUCCACCGAACUUCGAACUACAGUAUCAAGCGCUCCUCAAGCAAAUCACUGCAUUUUCAGAUAAAGCGGUUGACUUCUUUAACGGGGGAGGGUUCUCUCUCACCUUCUUUUCUCGGCAUGAGGCGGAAGGCAAAGAGCUGGUCAAGCAGCGGGCCGAAUUGAGGCAAGAAGCGAUCAAGCUGGGUCUCGCGGAUCCGAACGAAGAGAUGCAGAAUUCGGAGAUAUUCUAA